GACAAGGGAGAGGAGCAUGGGGAAGGGAGCGUGGGGAAGGGAGCGUGGGGAAGGAGCGUGGGGAAGGGAGCGUGGGGAAGGGAGCGUGGGGAAGGGAGCGUGGGGAAGGGAGCGUGGGGAAGGGAGCGUGGGGAAGGGAGCGUGGGGAAGGGAGCGUGGGGAAGGGAGCGUGGGGAAGGGAGCGUGGGGAAGGGAGCGUGGGGAAGGGAGCGUGGGGAAGGGAGCGUGGGGAAGGGAGCGUGGGGAAGGGAGCGUGGGGAAGGGAGCGUGGGGAAGGGAGCGUGGGGAAGGGAGCGUGGGGAAGGGAGCGUGGGGAAGGGAGCGUGGGGAAGGGAGCGUGGGGAAGGGAGCGUGGGGAAGGGAGCGUGGGGAAGGGAGCGUGGGGAAGGGAGCGUGGGGAAGGGAGCGUGGGGAAGGGAGCGUGGGGAAGGGAGCGUGGGGAAGGGAGCGUGGGGAAGGGAGCGUGGGGAAGGGAGCGUGGGGAAGGGAGCGUGGGGAAGGGAGCGUGGGGAAGGGAGCGUGGGGAAGGGAGCGUGGGGAAGGGAGCGUGGGGAAGGGAGCGUGGGGAAGGGAGCGUGGGGAAGGGAGCGUGGGGAAGGGAGCGUGGGGAAGGGAGCGUGGGGAGAUAA